GGAGACGGGACGACGUUCGGAGACCGUCGGUGAAGAAGUGUGAGAAGCGUGCGUCCAAUGGCGCGUCAUGGGAAGCAACCAAUCUGAAUGCUGUGGUGUGAAACGUGCCGAGCCCUUCGACUGCUGCGGCCCCAAGAGGGCCCAGCCAGUCGUUUCGCACCCGGGCGCGGGCGCGGCAGCGUGCUUUCUGGAGGCGGAGCCCGACGAGCGAGGGUCGCCGCUCAGCGUCGAGCCAUCGGAGCCACCGUCGCCGGCGCGGACGGACCGGAAGGGCAAUCCCAUCCUCCCCCGGGAGUUGACGCCUAGCGGACUGACUCCGCAUCACAUUUCGUUUGCGGAUGAUGAAGGUGGACCAGUGGAGGAGGUGGUCGAGGUCUUGGUUUCGCAGCCCUCGGCGACGGAUCGCUUGGCGAACUCGUGGAAGGCCCUCCAAAGCUCCUUUUGCCGCAAAGCCAAGGCGCCGAUGUACCGGACGGCGUCAAAUAACUGAGCAGCCCCACCCGUGUAGUAGGAAUUCGUUCAGAGUCAGAGCCAUUGCAGCUGUUCAGCUGCAGGUGAGAUCUUUUGUUUUUGAUGUGUUUGGACUCGUUUUUUGC